UCUGAGAUGGCAGUUAAAGAGAAUUAUAUGACUCCUAUUCCUAAUAAGCCAAUGGGCUUUAUACAUGAGAAGUUGACCACAGAGGCUCGAUCUGAAGGAAAAGAAUUUAGUUUAUUUGGAAAUGGUAAAGGAAAUGGGCAGCUUACUUCCAAUUCGAACUGCUUUAUCCCAAUAAAUAAGCAGGCUUCAUAUCCUCAGAAUUCUGUUUUGAAGAAAGUGGUUCAGAGAGACUUAUUUGGUGCCAAAACUCUGAGCAGUAAUGGAUGUGAGUCUCCAUAUGCUUCUGAUUGAUCAUCAAGUGAUAUGAAUUUGAGCCAAUCAGGGACUCCAAUUCAACCUGAGAAAAAUUUACCGUUAAACGGUUCACAGAAGCACAACAGUAAUUGGAAUGGACCUGAGAUAAGAAAGUAUAUCUCAAAUGUAACUAACCAUGCUGACAGGGACAGUAAAAUUUUCCUUGGCUAUCAGUAUGACCAUAAUCUGUUCUCCCCGUUUACGGAGGCAGAAUCUACUCCAGCUAGGGAGUCUCUAAAGAUGAUUCCACCUUUUUCAAUGCAGAAGAAAUUGUCUUACACUCAUUGAGUGAAGGAGAAUCGCAAGGACUUCAGCUUUGUAUACGACAAUGCUAGCGAAAGGAGAAUGCAUCAUGACAGGAAUCUUCUUUCAAAUUUCAACCACCAAAGAGAUAAUAGUUAUGGAAUUUUGAGCCCAAUCAUAAUUCCUCCCUCACCAAUCAAAUCAGAGAUUGGCAAAAAGGCUAAAGGCGCUAAGAAAUUAUUUGAAGAUGACGAUGAGAGUCGUGAAGUCGAGGACAUUGACACCAAAUGGAUCCUUGAUGUUAUUUGUGACGAGGAGGUAUCUCCUGAGAAACCUAUGAAUUUCAAGAAGUCCGUUCCUUCUGCUAAAUUAAACUUGAAGACAGCUUUCAGUAAUUCUAAUUUCUUCAAAUCAUCGAAUGGAAUCGGCAGUAAACAGGUAUCUGUUACGACUGCAAGAAAGCUGAACUUCGACUCUGUUGCAAAGCCGAUUUCGAAAUCGAAGAUUUCUGAGAAAGAGAAUUCAAAACAGGAAUUAGUUGAUAAGUCUGAAAAGGAAAACCAGAAUACGAAAUAUCUCAUGAAUUACAUCAACACCGUGAUGCCAACUCCGAUAGAGAGUAAGAAAUCUAUCCAGAUGGUAUCUAAAAGACUCAAGGAGGACCUCAUUGAGGACAAGAAUUCUCCCUCAAUGGUUCAAUACAAGAACUUUAGCCAAUCAGUUAAGGAAUGGGAAAAGCUUGGCAUCUCAAAGAUGAUCAAGGAAGUCUUUUCCCAAAUUAGUGAUUUGCCUAAGAAAGUCCACUGGAAGGUAUUUCUAGACCUGGCUGAUUACGCUAAGAGGGAAAACGAGUUCCAUAAGGCUAAUACCUUCUUCAAGGUCGUCACUCAUCUGCAGCCUUUUGCUCAUCAAGGAUGGCUAGACCAUGCCAAGAUGGAAGAGGAGCUUGGGAAUAUUGAAAAGUGAAGGACCUUGCUUAAGAGAGGACUAAAAUUUAUCCCUCUAAAUGAGAAAUUGUUCCUGAAAACUCUAAAAAUUGAAGAGAAGGAAGGCAACAACGCUGAGGUUAGAAGAUUGAUUGGGUCCCUUAAGAACAACAAGAUUGAAGAUACUUAUAAACUUCUUCUUGAAGGUAUCCUUUUUGAAGGUAGACAAGGGAAUAUUAAGACAAGCCAGAAAUGCCUCAAAUUCUUAUGCAAGAAAUUUAACAGAAACGGCAAGGUAUUCCAGAAAACAGCUGAAUUUGAGGAAAGAAUAGGAAAUAUAGAGGAAGCUAUUCAGAUCUGCGAGGAAGGUAUCGAUUACAACUGGAACUUUGGACCCCUCUGGUUCCUAUUGAUAAAGCUAGCCUCUAAGGUACAAAAAGGCUACUCCUUCAGAUUUGGAAAUAAUAUAGAAGACCUUGUAGCUGAAGGUGUUGAGUAUAUCUGCUCUAAAUCAUCAGAUCUGAUCUCCAAACUAUACCUAGAAGCUGCUCAGUAUCAAGAGAGAAAGGAGAAUAUCUCUUUGGCCAGGAAAUAUCUCUCUCUGGCUACGAAGGCAUCUAACAAAGCUCAUAAUUGGAAAAUCUGGAUUAUCGGAGCAAGAAUUGAGGCUCGGAUCGGCUCCCAGAAAUCCUCAAAGAGUUUAAUUGAGAAAGCUCUGUUUGAAAUUCCUCAGAAGAAGGAAAGCAUCGGGUUCAUCGAAUACGCAAAGUACUAUGAACUUAUUGGAAGAGUUGACAUCACUCAAAAAAUCUUAGAAAAGGCAAGAAAGAAUUUCGCUGGAGACUGGAAAGUCUUCUUUGAAUCCGUACUUACUUUACUCAGAAAUGGGCUGUUUGAUAAGGCUGAAGUCCUUGUUAAAGAGUCAUUGAAGAAUCAUAGUAUUAAUGGAAGACUCUGGGCAACUCUGAUUCAACUAAAACAUGCUAAGGUGAAAAAUGCUGAGGAUAGCGCCAAAGCCUACGCAGUUUUCUUGAAAGCUACUCAGAAAAUACCUAAAAGUGGUGAAGUAUGGUGAGAAGGAGGCAGAUUAUGAAUGUCACCUGUUUCUCAUAAAUUCGAUCUUGAUAAGGCAGAAAAAUAUUUAAAAUAUGCCAUACAGCAUACUCCUCAAUAUGGAGACAGCUUUUUGGAGCUAUAUAAAUUAUACACUCUCAAAGGUGAAAAUAGCAAGAUUGAAGAUCUCAAGAACUCAUGCAUUCAUUCAGAAUCAAAAUAUGGUGUACUUUGGUUUUAUUUCAAGCAUAACAUAAACGAUUCAGCUUUGGAUAUCUGGAACAAGGCUACAAGGUCUAUUUCAAAGGAGUUAGAUGAAUUAAGACUCAUCUACAAAGGCAAGAUGUCUGGCUCGCUUAACUCAGACCCAAUCGAGCCAGAGUAUUGGACUGGCUACACAGCUCUGAAUAAAUUUUACAAGAAUGGGAUCAAUUCCUUCAAGCUAGAGUCUGAUGGCUCCACUUCUCCAGAGAGUAUCUCUCUGGAGGAGAAGUGGAGAAACAUCUAUGGCUUUGAGCAGAUUGUGAAGUAAUUUCCCUCAAAUUAAUAUUAUUCCAUUUUAAAAGCUGAUUCAGAUAAUUUUAAUAAUUAGCUUUUCAUU